GUCAAAGAAACUGAAUAAAUGAGGAAAAGCAGUUUAGGAUGUAAAUCACAGGAAGAACUCUGGUGUGUAACUAGAGGAAAUCUGUUAAUUAAAUACGCAUUAAGGAAGAAUUUCAGCUGCAGGGAACAAACUCUUUUGCAGUUCAUUGUUUUAACAAGUUGUUGCAGUAGAAGUGCGUGGAUCUGGGAGUGUGUAGGCAGGAAUGAAGCGUCUGAUGCGCGGAAGGAAAAAGCCUCAGGGGUCGUGUUCUUAUUGGCUAGGGACAAACUUCAGGACCAUCUGAUUGGCCCCACACUGGAUUCCUGGGGUUUGAUGGACAAUAGAAGACGAGGGAAGGUUUACAGGUUUCCACACAGAGCAGACGGGACGGGGCUGGGGAGAGGAGCGCACCUUUUGCGCAGUGUUCCUUCAAGUCUCUCAUGCACAUCGUCGAGUUUGUGGAUGUUUAUAUGACUCUCUGUGAACUUUCGGAUCAAUCCUAGAUGGAGUCAGAACUCGUGUAGUCGUUUAAAAGCGUCUCCACACCCCUGCGUUAUCAGUAAGAUCAGAGGAACAUGCUCCUUCCUGCGCUCCUGAGCGUCUGGACUCUGCUCAGGCUCGGUUUGGGUUGCCAGCUCCCCACCGAGUGGCGACCCCUGAGUGAGGGAUGUCGCGCAGAGCUCGCUGAGAUCAUCGUGUACGCCAAGGUGCUGGCUCUUUACCGGGAGCCGUACUACCCGCUGAGCGCGCGCUACACCGCCGGCCACCCGUACGAGUACGAGCGCGCGGGGGCGGAGAGCGCGGAGGCGCUGCUCUACACGGCGGAAGUGGAGAUGCUGUGUGAUCAGGCGUGGGGCAGCAUGCUGGAGGUUCCCGCGGGCUCGCGCCUCAACGUCACCGGCCUCGGAUACCUGUCCUGCCAGUCACACACGGUGAUGGAGAACUACUCCUACAUCUUCUUCCUCAGGAUGGAUGAAAAUUAUAACCUCCUUCCGCACAGUGUUAACUACCAGGAGGCCAUCUUCCCUGACACUCAGGAGAACCGGCGCAUGUUCUCCAGCCUGUUCCAGUUCUCCAACUGCUCCAGCGAACACACACUCCACAGCUUCAGUCCUGACUGGGAGCACCAGGAAGAUCACAGGUUGCUGUGCUCGUCCGUGCAGCAGGUGCUGUUUGAGGAGGAGGAGCGUGCGGGCCGUCUACAGGAACACAUCACUGAACUGGAGAAGAAGAACCAGAAGCUGAAAGAUCGUGUCGGGAAGCUGAAGCGUUCAUUGCGCAAAGUGCGUAAAACGAGCCGCCGUUACGCACGCGAGCUACAAGAGCUCCAACAGCGCAUGAGCACCAACAAGAAGAACUCUGAACAUCACCUCAACUCCAUCACGCCUCCACAUAGGCUGUCACGCCACAGAUACACACACACACUGUGAACACACACACAUCAACAAGAUUUGGACUUGACACUGCUGGACAGUAUCUUCUUUUAAAGUACAAUACAGAGAGUGCAAAAGUUUGCACACCCUUAGGAUGGAAUAAAGACAAAUAUUCAUUCAUUCAUUCAUCUUCAGUAAGCCCUUUAUCGUCAUCAGGUCUGUGGUGGAUCUGGAGCCUUUAUCAGGAACACUAGAUGUACACGACGCCAGUUCAUCACAGGGCACCAUACACACUUCUUAGCCAACUGACCACAAAGCAUGUUUUUUGGGAGGUGGGAGGAAACCAGAGAACCUGGAGGAAACUUAUGCAAUCAUGGAGAGAACAAGAGAAACUCCACAUGGACAGCAACCCAAGUUCAGGAACUAACCAGGAACCCUGGAGCUGUGAGGCGGCAAUGCGACACACUUCCAUUCUGUUUAUUACUGCAAGAAAAAAAAACAGGCAAAUCAUGUACAUUAAGACAGUAACAGUGAAAAAUGCUAAAUAUACUUUUUACAUGAUUACUGGACACCUGGAACUGGCAAAUUACUUCCAUAUUUUUUGUAUAAUUUUGGAAAGUAUUGUUAAUUAAUUGUACACAUUUUUCCAUCCAGAAACUGGGGAAUGCAAACUUUUGCUCUCAAUCGUUAAUAUCUUCACCCUCGCCUCCUUUUUCCUCCAUGAGCUUUCUUAUUUUUCCUGUUUUGUUUUUUGUGAAUGUUUAUUUUAACCCUUAUAAAGAUAAAAUGGAAAAAGUAGAAAACACAUGACGGAUUAUUUCUGAUUUUAGCAUUUUUUCUCAAUCAGUGAGCACAAAGAUGAUUUUAAAAUGUAGAGGAGAUAUCUUUGCCAAUAUUUAGAUAUCUACAGGUUUUUUAAUGUUUUUAAGACAAGAACUUAGAAAGGAAGAGCAUUGUUGUCAUACAUAACUUAAUAUUAAAUGUAAGAUUUUUUAAAAAUUAUAUAUUUAGGAACCAAAUCAAAACGAACCAGGAUUAAAACAGACCAUUAACAGUUUAGGUCUUAAAAGACCCAGCCAGUAAGGGAUGUCUUGGGUCAGUAGGUGUUCACUGCAGACCUGUGUGAACAUGAACCUUAUCUUACCUAUGCUAUCCGAUAUGGAGUGGAAAGCAUAGGUGCAGGAAAGAGGGGAAUACUGCAGGGGCAGCCCCAGUGUUGCCAAUUUAGAGACUGUCACUAGAUUUUGUGACUAUUUAGACUCCUUUUGUGACUGUAUUUCAAAAAAAAAAAGAGCCUAGUGACAAAUCUAGCAACUUUUUGAGCAAAUGUUAGUAAUUGUCCUGCACUCAGUAUGGCUCGCCAGCUCACAUCAGGUUCCCAUUAGUGCAGGUUCACUCGACUCACCACCAGUGUGUAAAGCCUGAAGGAGUUGCGCAUGUGCAAGCCAGUGUUCCCAGUGACCAAUCACUGAUCACCACUGUUCCCAUCAACCCAUCACCGAUCACCACUGUUCCCAUCAACCCAUCACUCAUCACCACUGUUCCCAUCAACCCAUCACUCAUCACCACUGUUCCCAUCAACCCAUCACUCAUCACCACUGUUCCCAUCAACCCAUCACUGAUCACCACUGUUCCCAUCAACCCAUCACUCAUCACCAUUGUUCCCAUCAACCCAUCACUGAUCACCACUGUUCCCAUCAACCCAUCACUGAUCACUACUGUUCCCAUCAACCCAUCACUCAUCACCACUGUUCCCAUCAACCCCCACUUUUUAAAAACUGUUUUUAUUAUCAUCUAGUCUAAGUGUCUUCAGAAAAGCUUUCUUCUUUAUAUACCCUAAUUUGUAAUUCGAGAUACAAAACGAUUAUGAUGAAGCUAUGAAGAUGCGAAUGAGUGACGUCAUCUGGAGACUUCUAGGAGACUUUUUGAGAGUGCUUUGGCAACUGUGCAAGUUAAAAAGGUACUAACUGGUUAAAACAAAUAUGUAUUUUUAAAAAUAGAUACAUUUAAUUACUUAUUGAGUAAAAUAAUUGAGGAAAUGCAUUAUUGGAACAAUUAUCUUGGAUAAUCAAGGACGCUUGUGCAGAGAAGCCACCCAAACAUUUGGCAACAUGCAGAAAACAUGGCGAAUAACAACAAACAGGAGAGAAGUGUGGAUGUGUUCAGUGCAUUUUUAAGUUUGUGCCCGGUAACUGCACGUAAGCUCUGGGAUUAGUGAUAACACUGCCGCUGUGCAGUUAAUGUUUAAACUGUAUCUGUGUACACGCAUCGAAUAGGCCUGUGUUA